AUGUCAGGAACCACAGAGGAGAGUAGCCGGAGCAAUAGCGCCUCCGAGGCUGGUAAUGUCGACAGCAUGGGUAACUCAACAGGAAGUAACAGCUUAAUUGGUCCCAAUUUUGACAGUUUGCACGAGCAAAAGCGAUCUACAGACCCCGAAUCUAUUGCCAGGCGCGAAAGUCUUGCAGAGCAAAGACCUGGGGGUUUCUUUUCGAAGAUAUUCAAGAGUGCUGUUGCACCUGCAAAUCCUCAGCAGCCGAAGUAA